CACACACACACACACACAGACGCACGCAAGCACUUUGUCCAGAGUCAUUUGACUCUUUGCAACAAGGAACUACAAAUUUGGACUUCAGCCUCUUCGACACAGCAUCCUUGGAAAACUGAGCAGCUCCACCAAACGGGAAUCAUGAGCACAGAGAGCAUGAUCCGAGACGUGGAACUAGCAGAAGAGGCACUCCAAAGGAAGGCAAGGGGGCCCCAAGGCCCUGGACGCUGCCUCUGCCUCACACUUAUCUCCUUCCUUUUUCUUGCUGGGGCUACUAUUCUCUUCUGCCUGCUGCACUUCGGUGUGAUAGGACCUCAGAAGGAAGAGGAGCAAGAUGCCUUUCGUGACAUGAAACCUUUGACUCAGAGAGUCAGAUCUUGUCUCAGUGAAAGUGACAAGCCUGUAGCUCAUGUUGUAGCUAAUCCCAAGGCAGAGGGGCAGCUCCAGUGGUUGAAUAGGAGUGCCAAUGCUCUCCUGAAUAAUGGCAUGGAACUGAAAGACAACCAGCUGGUGGUGCCUGCCACUGGGCUCUACCUGGUCUACUCCCAGCUCCUUUUCAAGGGAGAAGAUUGUGCCAGCGAACCCCUGUUCCUCACUCAUACCAUCUCCCGGGUUUCAUUGUCCUACCAACACAAAGUCAGCCUUCUUGCUGCCAUCAAGAGUCCGUGCCAGAAGGCAACACAAGGAGCUAGGGAAGCUAAUCCCUGGUAUGAACCAAUCUACCUGGGGGGUGUCUUCCAGCUUGAAAAAGGUGAUAAGCUCAGUUCUGACACCAACUAUCCAAAAUAUCUUGACUUAGCUGAGUCUGGCCAGGUCUAUUUUGGGAUCAUUGCUCUUUGAGAGAAGAAAGGAAAUCAUACUUGCCCCACUCCUUAUCCCACAAUUACCUUUAUCAAUCUUCCUCUGUGUUCCUUGACAUGGAGGAAAUCUGCCUUCCUUUGGGGGGAUUGAGAAGUGGUUUAAAGACUGACAACUAGAGUUUAGUUAAAGGGCAUCAAGAAACUGCUAUUAGCAGUUUUUAUUAUUUAUUAUUUAUUAUAUAUGACAGACCAUAGAAAUAAAAGGUCCAGAGUAAUAUAAAACUCUAUCAAGAAAUCCGUGCUGAAACAAAUUAAGAAUCUAGAUCGAAACUGGGAACCAGAAUGCCCAGCUCACAGAACCAGGCCACCCCUUGAAGCCUGACCUGAGGGAAAGGAUUCUCUUUAUUCUAGAAUACUCUCUGAGAUAUAUAUAGCUGAUCUAAACACUGAAAUGAAUCAAAAUUCAGAUCAUUCCUAUUCUAUUGGCUGUAAUUCAGGAGUCUUGCCUUUUUUCCCCCCUGGGACCAAACCUGGGGUGGCCUUUGUUAUUUAUGACUAGAUAAUGUGUUUGUUUGUUGUUUGUUUAUUUGUUUAUUUAUUUAUUUAUUUAUUUAUUUAUUCUUGAAGAUAUUUAUUUAGGAUGUUAGGAUUCAUGGGGGACCCAGAUAUUGAGGUUUCCCCAGCUUAGGAGUAUUUUCUGUGAAAAUAGAACUGAACCAAGGGGUGCUCCUAUUCUGGCCCCUCAUCUACCCUCUCAUCUGCCUAUUUAAAAAAAAUUUAUCUGAUAUUAUCACAUUGUUGAUUUAGUGGCUGUAUGUCGCUGUAUCUCUGAACCUCUGCUCCCCAGGGGAGCCAUGUCUGUAAGCGCCCUAUUUGUCAGUGGCGAGAAAUAAACUUUGCUUUAAAAAGA